AUGACUUUGGAUAAUAUCAAUAUAAUUGUUUAUCAUGUUCCUAACAAUGCUGCUAAUAAUAUUGUGUCAUUACAGAAUUUCAGAUGGAAACCACCAGAUAAUGGUUAUCUGAAAAUCAACUUUGAUGCAUCUUUUGUUGAACAAAAUUUUCAGGGUGGUAUAGGACUGAUAUUAAGGGAUUUUGCAGGUACCUGCUUUGGUGUGCAAGGACAAUAUUUUAAUGGAGGAAUGAAGGAAGGAAUAGAGGUGGAGGAACUAGAAUGCGAAGCUAUGAAGGCAGUUGUUUCUCUAGCCAUCUCAAGAAUUAAGAGAGAUUGUAAUGUUGUUGCAGACAAGUUGGAAAAAAAGGCUAAAAGUCUGAAAGCCAAUUUUGAACUGUUUGAUGAGUUCCCUCCUAACAUAAAAAAUUGGGUCUCUCAAGAAAAUUAUGCAUCCUCUAUUUAA